AUGGCGACGGUGGAGAUGGAUCUUCAACUGCCAACUUCAAAUACGCCUACACCCAUCGCCACCCCGACGCCUACGAGGACGCCCGCAAAAGACGCCCUUGUCCUCCGGGCUGUCAACUCCGCUGCUAGGAGGUCGGAGAACGCGGGUAGACCCAACGUUGGCAAAGCCCUCCGCCGCCUGUACGAUGAUAGCCGAUUCGACCGCGACAACGCGAAACUGCUCGAUGCCGUGCUUCGAAAGAAAACCACGCGUCAGCAGCGGGCCGAUUUCCGUGCCUUCAUCAAGAGGGAGGGGCAAGCAGAGAAGAAGCGCGAUCGCAGGCUGAAGGCCGUGAAGACCAAGACGACCUCCCAGCACGCCCUCCCGGCCCUCGAACAUCCCGAACAAGGCAUGUCGAGUGAAGCGGAGGCGAGAGCUCUGGAGACUUUUCGACGCCUCACCAUCAGCGAGGAUAAACAGGAGGAGACGGUGGUGGGACUUGAUGGGGCUGAGGAGAGGGAAGAGCGCAUGGAGGACGUGGCUUGA